GAAAAUUGCGAAUUGUUAAGAAGAGUACUGCGAGUUAUUCGCGCGGGAGCAGGCGCUGUGUGAGGUCGUUGAACACUUCUGUUGCGUAACUCCUUGCUUUUAAUAUGAUACUGCUGGGUUCGAAAGCCUCACAGCUGGUCCAGUGCGCUUUGCGACUGUCCCGUCCAAGCAUGCUUGGUUCAGCAGUGAGCAAAUUCCACGGGUCAAGCUGCAGGCAAGAUAUCUUCAACAUUCAGGACAAGGAUGACUUCGAAGAGCGUGUACUCAAGAGCGGCAAGCCAGUUCUAAUUGAUUUCCAUGCAAAGUGGUGUAAUCCUUGCAAGCAGCUGACCCCGAGGCUGGAGGAGGCCCUGCAGCAGUUCAAAGAUGAUGUUCACCUGGCAAAGGUGGACAUUGAUGACAAUGAUGAUCUGGCAAUGGAUUAUCAGGUGAGCGCCGUGCCUGUGGUAUUCGCCAUCAAGGGUGGCAAGGUGGCCGACAAGUUCAUCGGCCUUCAGGACUCCGACCGGAUCACCUCCUUCAUCCGCGGGCUGGUCGACAAGUAACUGGCGUCGCCCGCCUGACGUCAUACGUGACGUCACCGUGACGUCACCGCGGCGGCGUGUGAGAUGCGGGUACCCGGGUGGCAUUGGUAGGACGGCUGGCUGAGGGACGCCGACGCUGCCGUUCUCGGCGAUCUGGAUGCCGAUGCCUGACUGAGUGAGACGAUGUACUCUGCGGGGAGCGUGUGUUGCCGGCGUCCCUCGUCACGUCGCGAAGCGAGGGCGCGUGUAGGCUGCGGGUGAUUGGUAGAAGUGACGGAAUGACGGAGUGACGCGUCACGGACGGCGGCGGGGCGUGUCACGUGGUGCGCACGGCGGCGUCACGUCGGCGGGGGGACUUUACACAGUUGACGUGGUAGUCCCCGGUUGACCACGCGAUGCGGUGGCCUGGCCGGCCCGCGCAUGCGCUGGUGGACGGCGUGCUGUCGUCGAGCCGCCGCCGCCGUCUGGCGAACGUCUCCCACUCAGGACCACGGACGAGCUUGGCGCGGCCGCGGCUCUGGCUUUGGUCGUGCUCCGGCGCGGGCCGCCCCGCGGCUUUGGCUGCCUGCUGGUGCGCUGCGAGUGUCGGGGCUGGACGGAGCGGCGGGCGGGUCUCGCUCGCGCACUCUCUGGGCCUCCCGGGCCGUGUCGCCGCGGCGGGACGUGCGGUGCGCCGCGGUGCCGCCUGUUCUGGCCCCCGAUGCUUCGACGGCCGAUCGCAGGCUAGAGCAGAGCCGAGCGGUGGUGGAUACCUGCAUGUUGAUGUGGCCGGCUGUUGCGUAUGUGUUAACGUGCGAGGAUGCUGUGUCCGGUGUGGUGAUCGUCCUUUUGGGGAUAAUAUGACCGGCGAGGACACUCCGGCCUGGUGCUCGUGUUAUCAACUGCCGGCAGGUGCCGAGUGAGGUGGCACUGGGCGGUCGUCUGAGCUGUACUGAAGUGGG